CUGUGACGUCACUUCCCACGCGCGAGAUCCUGCUAACUGCAGCUAAGCCGUCAAUGCUUAGUGUCCUCAGGAAACUCUGCGGCACCUUUUUACUCUGUUUAUUUACUGUCUCCCAAACUCCUGUGACGUGUGGGAAACUGUAUUCCUGCCGUGGGGUGUGUGUCGUGUCGUCCACAGCCGUUCACGUGCACUUUUAAACAGAAGGACGGUCUGUUGUUGACAUCCAGCUCAGUCGCGCGUAAACCCAUUUUUUUUCUUUGCGGAAGUUUUCGACGCGAUGCGUUUAAAGCUUUAGUUCGCUCCCAGUCGGCGCUAGCCGUGUUUUUACCUGCGGGAGGAGGCGGAGAUGAAGCUGCAGUGUGAUGUCGAAGUCGUGAAUCGUUUGCUCCCCACAUUCGGGAUGAAAAGUCGAGGGAAGGGGACGAGAGCGGUUCUGUCCAUCGGGAAGCAUCUGGACAAGACGAGCCAACGGAGCAACGUUUACAUGAUGAUCUGCACUGCUAAAGACAGAGCCGGAUCCAAGUACAAGCUCAAAGGCAACAUAGAGAAGUUUUUCACAUGGUUCGUGGAGGAAGGCAAAGCCACUGUGAGGUUAAAGGAACCAGCUGUUGACAUUUGUUUGAGCAAGGCUGAUGCAAACAGCUUGAAGAACUUCCUGUCAGCAGCUCGUCUAGCAGACAAAGGCAGUGACGCCAGCAGCCUUCCUCUGUCCACACUCACUCCUGUUCGCGCACGAGAUGUAGAACAACCCAAGAAGAAGCUCACUAUUGUCUCUAAAAAGGACUACCCCCUCACCUCCAACUUCCCCUACUCUCUGGAGCAGCUCCAGGUGUCCUACUGCAAACUGUCACGUGUCGACAUGCGAAUGCUGUCCCUUAAAGCUCUCCGUAAGCUAGACCUCAGUAACAACCACAUCAAAAAACUCCCUGCGACCAUCGGUGACCUUGGCUGUCUGUCCGAGCUCGUCCUUCACAACAACCACCUGGAGGCCUUCAGUGAGGCCCUGUGCUUGUCCACCCUACAGCGGACUCUUCAGCUUCUGGACCUCAGCCAGAACCACCUACGGACCCUUCCCCCUCAGUUCUGCCAGCUCAGAGAACUAGUGAACCUCAAAGUGGACGACAAUGAGCUGGUUUGUUUGCCGUUCCACGUAGGUCGCCUCUCCAAGCUGAGGUUCCUGUCGGCGGCACAUAACCAGCUCACCGUGCUGCCCUGUGACUUCCGAAAGCUGAGUCUAGAGAACCUGGACCUGUUUGGAAACCCAUUCGUCCAACCCAACCCCCUGGACCACACCCUGCAGCUCACGUUCCCUCUUCGUCUUCAAGAGAUCGCGUCCAGAGCUGUGGCAAACCUUAGGAUGCCGUACGGACCUCACCUCAUCCCUGCUCACUUGUGUCAGGACCUGGAAGUGGCCAAGACCUGCGACUGCGGGAGCGCCUGCAUCAGUUUUUACGUAAAGACGGCAGUGAGCAUGAACCUGCACCAGGUCUCUCACACAGUGGUCCUGGUGGACGACAUGGGAGGCACAGAUGCACCGGUCCAGCAGUACUUCUGCUCCCUCUCCUGCUACUCGGAGUUUUUAGACAGCUCGCUCCAGAGAGGAAUCAGAUGAGAAGACCCGAACGCUGCUUUUAAUUACGCUAUAAACAGUGGACAUUGCAGUAGUCGGCGACUUAGAAGGUAUUUGAUGAGACAACCGCGGUACUGACGAUACGUCUGAGUGACAGUAUUGAGACGGCUCAGCUUUUUUUAAGCUGCCUGUUUAACAUUUACAUUCAAUCCCACAUGCACUUCCAUAUAUCAUAUAGGAUUAUAGACAAGGACACAGACGUUCAUACAGUGACCAACCUCAGGCAGAAACACUGACAUAAUACAACAGUCUGCCUUUGCUGCUGGUUAGCCUCAAGUAUUGUCUUAUUCUGUUCUGCAGGUUCCCCUACUGACCCAAUUCUAUAGGCAAGAGAAUCCAGAAAUUAGGUGAAUUAACAGUGCCUCAGGGUCAGUGAGCACUGACAACAGGGAGAUAGUUUGUCCUAAUGACCCACAAUUUUUUUUAUAAAUGAAAAAAACUCAAUAAAAUAAAUGUAUUCUUUUUCCUG